AUGUCUGGCACUGAAGCUACUCUCCCCAAGAACUCCACCGAGGAGUCCGCCUCCGCUCUCGAGAGCAAGGGCAAGGGCAAGGCUGCCGUUGGAAAUGUCCAUGACCAGGACGAUGUCAUGGAUGAGGAUGACGACGACGAUGAGGAGGAGGAGGAUGACAAUGAGGACGUGAGCACAGCCAUUGAUGAGGACGGCCUGGAGGAGAUUGACACAAACAACAUUGUCGAGGGCGGUCGCCGCACUCGCGGUCAGGUCAUCGACUUCGCCAAGGCUGCUGAGGAGCACCCAGCCGAUGACGAUGAAGACGACGAAGACGAUGACUUCACGCCUGAGGAGGACACCAACAUGUCCGGCUAA